UAAUAGUAACCGCCGAGAGAUGGCGUAAUUGCUCCAGAGAUGUCAGACUCAAGCCGAUCGUUUUAGCCUCCCCCUCCUUUCAUUUUCCAUUCCACCCUUGUCUCCUCUCAUCGCUCUCUCCAGAAGUAAUUGUAACCAAUAAAAAGAGAGGACAGUAUUCGCGCCUUUCUCCCAUUGGUUCCGUCCCGGCAAUCUCAAAAAUUAAUUACAAAAAAACUGUGUUUCGCAGCCGGCUCCGUUGUUUCUUCCCCAUCAGUCCAGUUGCCCAUGUAGAUCACCGAGGGUGUUAGUAUAAAGGAAUUUCUUCAAACAGUUGAAGGACUGAUUUUUUUUUAUAAUUUUAUUACUUUUCGUUUAUUUCUUCGUAACAUCAUCUUGAGAUUGUGCUUCGCCCACGUGACGGAUAAUUUUAAAUAGUGUGUGAUAUUUUUUUUUUGAAUCAUCAACAUUUAAGGAUUUAUAAAAGAAAUAAAUAAAAAUUAACUCCUGAUGUCGCGGAAUGGGUUGUUUCCGCAGCAGCUGUGAAAAGCAUCCUCUGAUCCUCAGCGGACCACCCCUGUGUUGUCAAUAUCGUCUGCUGGAAGUGGGGUCGCGCUCUUACCGCCUUCCUUCAACAGGAUCCUAUUUGAAUGAUGCUCCGGUAAUUAGAGUCCAUCCAUGGACUUUGUUCCCGGCAACGAUACGGGCCAGUAUCAGAAGCAAGGUGUCGACUCGGGCCCACCAAAACUCGUUGUGAUGACUGCUGGUGUGAACGAGCCAUCCCCUCAGAACACUACAAAGAAGAAAAAAGGAGGGGUCGACGAAGAGAUGGAAGAGGGUAGUGGCGAUUUCCCACCUGUUAUAGCAAUGCAACCUCCAGAAGGUGCUGGAGAUGAGUCUGUAGGUGCAAAUAUGCUCGAAGAUGAAGGCGAUGCAUCUAACAACAGUUCUGCCAGUGAUGUUGAGACCUUCAACGGAAAGAUCGUUUACAAUCCUGAUGGUUCUGCUUACAUCAUAGAGGGUGUUGAUUCCGAGCUUAGUGAUGAUGAGUAUGGCGGUCGAGACUUGCUUCCUUUCCUGACACCAGGAAAAAAUAGCAGUGUUCGUUCGUCUUCCUCACCCCGACCUGCCAACCAAAGCCCCAUCGAGUCUCAACCUCAGUUGGUCAAUGCCCUACACAUAGCCAGGCACCCAGCGCUGUUUGGCGCUAUGUGUGGACAAUUCAACAAUUUCCUCCGGGAGAACAACCAUAAAGUUCCUGAAAUACCAGUUAUGCACAGCUAUCGUGUGUUUACUGUCAAAGAUAGAACUGACACAGAUGGGGCAACAUCCCCUUCAUCAUCAUCAUCAAAUGUGCCGUCUUCGUCGGACACUGCAUCAUAUUCUGUAUGGGACUGUGGCACCGUGCCAGUUAAGCCCAUUCUCAUGUGCUUCAUUUGUAAACUGUCCUUUGGGUUUACGAAGUCUUUCGUAGCCCAUGCAACAGGUGAACAUUCGUUAUCUUUGAAUGACGCCGAGAAAGAGCUGGUCUCGCGCAAAAACAUUUCGGCUGUGAUCCAAGGGGUAAGUGCCGAACCCCUGCUCUCGUUCCUAGAGCCCAUUCCUCCUACCAGUAUUGCUACUACGUCUCCAUCGUCUGCUCAGAUGGUGAACAAUGGCAACUGUAUCGGUAGUGCGGCAUCGUUCGCAUCUACGUCCUCAACGCAUGGCUCAGUCUCAAGUUCCUCUUCACACAUCGUCCAAUCUGCUGCCCGGCAUGACGAUCAACAAGUCACAACGACUUCCCCUACCGCUGUCACAACGGUAGUGUCUGCCAGUCUGUGUCCGGUGACAACAGUUCCUGAACUUUCAGUUUCCACAUCUACCGGAGAAGCAGCUUCGCUUGCACCCUCGUCAUCAUCCUCUGCUUUCAAUUCGUCUACAUCUAGUUUCGGAGACACGUCUCUGGUCCCUGAACUCGAAGACCUAGCGAAUUUGGAGAAAAUGGCCGAGGCUGCAGCCGCCGCUGCUGCUGCCGCUGUCGUUUCAGUUCCUGAAUCUUCUAAGUCCUCCCCUUCACCGCCCGUUGCUAACGGAUCAUACGAUGCUACAGCAACGUUGCGAACUCCAAACCAAAGUAAUGCUGAAAGAAUGCCAAAUUCCUUAUCACCUCCUACAAAGAACUCACUCAAUAGUCAUCACCAUCAACAGCAGACGAGUCCAGUGUGUAGUAAUUCAAUGAACACCCUAGAGGAAAAUACAGAAAACAUUUCACCUAAAACCAAUACGAGUCCAUCACCACUUGCAGUUGCUUCAACACACAUGCCUAUUGGCACUUGCUCUCAUCACCCAGAAGGCAAAUUGAAUGGCGUUGAAUGUCCGAAGUGUGACAUGAUUCUAGGCUCUUCGCGAUCUCUAGGUGGGCAUAUGACAAUGAUGCACUCCAGGAAUUCGUGUAAGACACUGAAAUGUCCAAAGUGUAAUUGGCAUUACAAAUAUCAAGAAACAUUGGAAAUACAUAUGAAAGAAAAACAUCCAGAGAAUGACAUGACCUGUCUUUAUUGUUUAACUAAUCAACCGCAUCCUCGGCUGGCCCGUGGUGAGACUUACACUUGUGGAUACAAGCCAUAUCGAUGUGAGGUCUGUAACUAUUCCACAACAACCAAAGGUAAUCUUAGCAUACACAUGCAAUCAGAUAAGCACAUAAACAACGUGCAAGAGCUUCAAAACGGUAGCUUAACUCCAGAGCACAUUGCUGCUUUGCAACAGCAAUCUCAACAACAUCCUCAAGCGUCGGUUACUUCGCCAUCUUCAACUGGACUUGCAGUGCCGUCUUCCACCUCAACUUCCGAGGCCCUUAAGAAAGCUCAAAUGGCACCAAAACCGAAAGCAAAUUGGCGCUGUGAUGUUUGUAAUUAUGAAACAAAUGUUGCACGCAAUCUGAGGAUACACAUGACCAGUGAAAAACAUACUCACAACAUGAUGGUUUUGCAACAGAAUAUGAAGCAUAUUCAUCACUUAUCUGCAAUGCAACAAGCGCAAAUAGACCCGGUUUUCCAAUUUCAUCCCGGUUUACUUAUGCCUGCUGAUGCUCAACUUCAACCUGAAGCAGCCAUCGCUGACAUGGCCUAUAACCACGCUCUUCUCAUGAUGGCUAGCCAACAGCAGCAACAACAUCAGCAACAAGCGCAACAGCAACAACAAGCACAACAACAACAGCAGCAACAACAACAGCAACAAAGGGCUAUGGCAGCCGCAGUUGCCGCCGCUGCAGCAGCUAAUUCAAAACCUCCGCAUCUAGGAGGACCUGGCCCAUUAAACCUCUCAGUUCCUGCUUUGGAUCUAGAACAUCCUGAUCCAACUGUGAGACCAGAUAUUCAGUAUGAGGACAAUAUGAAACUGUAUUUAUGUUGCGUCUGCACCAUCUUUUCUUCGAACUCCCUUGAAACUUUGAAUCAGCACGUUCAGCUUGACAGAAGCAGAUUACGUGAGGACGAAGUCUUGACAGUUGUUGCUGGUACAUCAAUCUGCAAACUCUGCACUUACAAAACCAACCUGAAAGCUAAUUUCCAGCUGCACUGUAAGACUGAUAAGCAUUUGCAAAGGCUACAUCACGUCAAUCACGUUAAAGAAGGUGGUAGCAAGAAUGAAUGGAAACUGAAAUAUGUGAACGUUAGCAAUCCUGUCCAAAUUCGAUGCAACUCAUGUGAUUACUUUACGAACUCAUUGCAUAAACUUCAAAUUCACACGACAAAUCCCAGACAUGAAGGAAACAGCCGACUGUUUUUAUUCCUAGAACGAAGCGCAUCGUUUAUCAAAACUGAACUGAAGUCUUAUCAUUGCACUAUGUGCAAUGUAUCAGUGAGGACAAAAGUUAGUCUUAUCCAACAUGUGAAUUCUUUAGCACAUAUGAGGACUGAAAACUUGAGACAAAUGCAAGGGGAAAGCGAACCUGAUUUGAGGGAUGUUUUUAUAGUCAAGGAAGUGAAACAAGUUUCUAGUGAUUCUCUGAAGGCUGCUGAACUUACAGAUGAUGAAAAAGAUGCCAGCAGUAGUGAUACAGGAAAUGAUUCUUACUUACAUUCAGAUGAACGCACUAAAGAAGAGAUAAAUUCAAAAACAUCUGAUACUUCAAUGCUUAAGCAAGCCUUACUGGAUCGUAGUACAAGCGAAGUGAACAGUCCUGAAACAGUACAUACUUGCCCUUUUUGCAAUUUCACAAGCAAUAGCGAGGUACGAAUACAGAUGCACGUUGUUUCGCAACAUUCUCAAAAGCCAGUGCUUCUGAAGUGUCCAUUAUGUUCAGAAGGCUUAGGAGAUAUGGAUCUUCUUGAGAAGCACGUAAUGGAUACGCACUUUGUCAGCAAAGAAGUAGUCAAGAAUCUUCUCAAGCUGGUCGAUACUAGUGAAUGGGAAGCAGCAAGGAAAAAUGCCAUUCAAAAGGAGGCAAUCGAAGAAAAGAUCUGCAAAACCGAACCUGUAGAAAACUCUCCGCCUGCAAAAAUCAUUACAAAUGGCCCCACUAUUGAAGAAGAUAUUAAACCACCUGUUUCUACUAAAGAUAAAGAUGAAAUUGUUCUAGACGAUUCGAUGGACAUUAAACAAGAAUAUCAAGAUAUGGACUGCAAAAGUGAUAGUAGUGAUUACAAAGAUGAAGAAGAUUUUGCUUGUGCUACUUGUGGCCGAGUUUUCAUGCAGGUGGAAGAUCUGUUUUGCCAUCAGAAUGAAAUGGGACAUUUAGAAUAUAAAAACACUCCCAAAGGAAAUGGUUUCUUCUGCUGGAAGAAGGGCUGCGGUCUCUUCUUUGGUACCAUGACGUCAGCUCAAUUCCAUUUCAAAGAAAUGCAUGCCUUGAAAUCUAAUAUACCAAUCUCUGAAAGGCAUGUAUACAAAUACAGGUGCAAUCAGUGCAGUCUUGCAUUCAAAACUUCAGAAAAGCUAAAGUUGCACUUGCAAUACCAUCUGAUUCGAGCUGCAACAAAGUGCGUAUUGUGCGGCAGAAGUUUCCGUUCAGUGUUAGCCUUACAAAAACAUGUUGAAAUAUCUCACGCUGAUAUGACAAAAGAUCAACUAGAACUUUACAGAGCUAGUUUGAUGAAUAAUCCUCUACUUGCUGGAAACGGAGGUGCUAGUGGUGGUAUUUUAGAUCCACAAACAACUGAGCUGUUGAAGAAAGAAAGCAAUCGUGAAGAAUUAGAAGACGAUAUUCCUGACGAAGUCAUUAGUCUUCCUGAUGAAUCUGAUGCCUUAGAAGACGCAGAAGACAUAAGUGAAGUUAAAGAACACCAAGUUUUAGAAGAUUACAUUAAUAGUCAAGCUAUGGCUGAAGACAGUUAUGCUGAUCCUAAUCGAAAGUACAAGUGUCAUCGUUGUAAAGUUGCAUUCACUAGGCAAAGCUAUUUAACUAGUCAUAAUAAAACACUUUUACAUCGUAAAGGUGAGAAAAUGAGCUAUCCAAUGGAAAAAUACUUAGAUCCAAAUAGACCUUUUAAAUGUGAAGUUUGCAAAGAAUCAUUCACGCAGAAGAACAUUCUAUUGGUCCAUUACAACUCGGUUUCACAUCUUCACAAAUUAAAGUUAAGCAUGAAAGAAAAUAGCACCCCUAAUACUACAGUUGCAGCAACAAUUGCAACUGCUUGCACAAGUGUUCCAUCUCCCGUAUCUUCUGUGACUUCUAUGUCUACAACAACCAGUAGUUUAUCAAAUUCAACCUCAACAAAUUCAAAGAGCAGCACAGUUGUCACCAGUGCUGUAGAAAGUAAUGAUCUAAAGCCUUAUAAAUGUAACUUAUGUAAAUUGUACUACAGCCAGGCUUCACAUUUAGACGCACACGUUAGAUCUGUUCUACAUCAGUCAAAAGCUUCCAGAGUUCAAGAGCUUGUUCUAUCCGGUGAAUUGGACUUACGAACGCCGUUAGUGGAACGGCCCGAUUCAACUCCUCCUGCAGAAUCGACUACAACUAAGCAACCUGAUGUUCCAACCAGUACAGCUGUUGUCGCCCCAGAGAUAUCAACCUCAUCUCAACCUGUGGUCAACACUCUAACUACUAAACAAUCUGAGACACCGGCACCUCAAACUUCCGUUACCUCUCAAACAACUUCUACCUCUGCUCCUAGUAUUUCUACAGUUACAGCAACCCCACAAUUUCAGUUUCCGUUGCAUCCAGAUCAUAACAAUAUCAUGCAGCAAGCAAUGAACCUUAUGCAACCUUCCCAACUAUCACAUACUCUACCGCCAUUCUCAUGUUCUAAAUGUGGAUCAAUGUGUUCAUCACAGGAUGCUCUUGUGCAACAUCAACAGUUGUAUUGUUUUUUCGCUCAACAACCUCAAACUCCAAUGAUACCAACUUUACCUCAAGUUCAACAAAAACAUCAGAUUGAACGCGAUGAACCAAGUGAAAAACAACCUCGAUUAUCUAUAGUACCUCCAGAGACUACCCCAACACCUGCAGUUAAUCAUUCAAACAUGCAAAGAAGUCCUACACCAGGGCAACAAAUGUUCAAAAGUAGGUUUCCAUUCAUAAGACCAAAGCCUCUAAUAUUUAGACAUCUACUUGAAAGUUUUGGUUUCGAUGUCGUAAUGCAGUUUAACGAAAAUUCUCAAAGAAGACCAAAGAAGGAUUUAGAGAAGAAAGAUGAUCAAAAAGAGAAUUCUGAUGUGAAGCAAGAAAAGAAAGAAACUGAGGACCAAAAGAAAAAAUUAGAUCUCCCAGAAAUCAAUCGAUCAACAUGUAAUAAAUGUGGAAAAGGAUUUUCAAGUAUUUGGGUAUUAAAGGCUCACCAGGAAGAAAAUCACAAAGACAUUGUUCCUAUUAAAAGUGUAGAAAAGUUUGCAGAAGAGUUUCGUGAGGACUAUGAGCGGCGUAAUGCAUCCUUACCUGUCGUCGACGAUGCUAACAAUAUGGCUGAAGCUCCUUCACCACCUUCAAGUGGCGAAUUGAGCACUGGCCCAUCAACAACUCCUGCGACACCAUCUGGUGUUACGCCAUUGCCUAACGCCGUGACUCCACCUGUUACCUCGUUAGGAUCGCAAAUGCCCGACGUGGCAUCUUCGGUGACAGCCAACCAAGCUAUGGCAGCUCAAAUGCAGUUGAAUCAACUCCUCAUGAGUCUCAGUAUGGGUCUACCUAUGCCCAUGAACUUAGGAAUGAAUAUGAACUUACCUUUCGCGGCGGCUAUGAAUAUGCAUCCACCUCUUAUUCCACUUAUGAUGCCUCCACCUAUCGACCCAUUGAUGGCAUCUGCUUUCGGUCAUCCAAUGAUGCCUGGGGCAGCCGUCGAUCCCAACUUUUUUGCUGCUCAGCAGAAGCUGCUUCAACAACAGCAACUCUCCCAACAGCAGAAAAGAGCUAGGACUAGAAUCAACGACGAUCAGCUCAAAAUACUAAGAGCUUACUUUGAUAUUAACAAUUCUCCAACUGAAGAUCAACUGCUUGAAAUGUCGGAUAAAUCUGGGCUGCCUUUGAAGGUCAUCAAACAUUGGUUCCGAAACACCCUGUUUAAGGAAAGACAGAGGAAUAAAGACUCUCCUUAUAAUUUCAACAACCCACCUUCAACAUAUUUGAACCUUGAGGAAUAUGAAAAAACCGGAGAAGCCAAAAUUACUCCCGUAUCCGCAGACAAAGAGUGUGAUCAAAAGAGCAUCGAAACAAUAAAUUUAGAGAAGAAAGAAACACUUCCUGUUAGCAACGAAAAAAACGAAGAUUUUUCCGAUGUCAGCACUACUGAAAUCAAACUGGAAAAAUGCCUACCUAAUGAUUGCCCUAAGGUUGAACAGUCUUCACAAAGUAAACAGAUAUACAACAUGAAUCCAUCUGCUUCUGAAAUGCUUAAUAUGUCUGAAGCUCUUAAUUGUGCCGUUUCAUGUCCUUCUUCAUCUUCGGCGAUGAUGUCAAUGGAUUUGAGAACAUCCUUAGCUGAUAGUUUUGGAAGUAAUUUUAAUCCUUUUGUAAAUGCCUCAUCAAUGAUGUCUUUGAUGCCACCGGCCUCUGUUUCACCUCCAACAUCGGAAUCUCCACAUUCUACAGGCACGCCCAGCAGUACUCCUACACCUUCCUGUUCAUCUUCCGGAAAGCGAGCGAAUCGUACGAGGUUCACCGAUUUUCAAAUCAAAGUGCUGCAAGAAUUCUUCGAGUCUAACGCUUAUCCGAAAGAUGACGACUUGGAAUACUUAUCCAAACUUUUGACAUUGAGUCCCAGGGUGAUUGUUGUGUGGUUUCAGAACGCUCGUCAGAAAGCUCGGAAAGUGUACGAAAACCAACCGCCCAUAACAACUGAAGAGGAAAACGCUGGUAGAUUCCAGCGUACCCCCGGAUUAAAUUACCAGUGCAAAAAAUGCUUACAAGUUUUUCAGCGAUAUUAUGAACUGAUUAAACAUCAGAAAAGUUCUUGUUUUAAAGAUGAAAAUCCUUUAGCCAGUCAGAUCAAGGUGAUGUCUGAAGAACGAUCUCAACCAUCCACCCCUCCUCAAUCGAAUCCCAUGACCCCCGUCUCCUCCCGUCCAUCUGAAAAGGUUUCUACUGCUCCUAAUAACAACCAAAAUGGUUCUUACAGAUGUGACAAAUGCAGUCUUGCAUUUUCCAGAUUCGAUCUGUGGAGAGAACAUCAAUUAGUACACAUGAUGAAUCCAACACUUUUCAGCGGAUAUCAACCUUCAGCUUUCCCAGUUAUGCAAUAUGAUUCCUCCCCACAUUCUAACUCCCUGCAGUUAACCCAGAUGAAACGUAAACUCUCUGAUGACGAGGAAUCCCAAAGCGAUCACCCAAGGGAUAAACGUCUCCGAACAACCAUUUUACCUGAGCAAUUAGAUUAUUUAUAUCAGCAAUAUCAACUUGAAAGUAAUCCCAGUCGGAAGAUGCUUGAGAAUAUAGCAAGAGAAGUUGGAUUGAAGAAACGUGUUGUUCAAGUUUGGUUUCAAAACACUCGAGCUCGCGAAAGGAAAGGACAAUUUAGAGCACACCAGCAAGUUAUACAUAAGCGGUGCCCCUUUUGUCGUGCAUUAUUCAAAGCUCGGUCUGCUUUAGAAUCACACUUGGCAACAAGACAUGCUGAUCAGUACACUAAAGGUGAUAUAAAUAUCGACGCACUUCCUGACGGAGAAGGAGAUUCGAAUCAAGAAGAGCCUGAAAGCCCAUCAGACGAAAAAAUGAAUACAUCUGAUGCAUCACCCUCCCAAACUUUCAUUUCAAACCCUGCUGAUUUGAUGAAUAAAACGAUGAUGAAAUACUAUCAGGAUUCCUGGAAAAGGUUUUAUGAUGAAGUUGGUGAUCUGUCUACACACAAGGAUAACAGCAAGGAGCCAACUUUGGCCUCAGAUUUAUCAUUUACUAAUAAAACUGGUGAAAAGUCAACAGAAAGCAGCCCUACGAAAGAGCAUCCACUUGACUUAAGCAAGCCUCUUAAAGCUUUGAUGGAAAAGAGUAAUGGCACGCUCCCCGAAAAGUUCCACUUAGAAGAUGGGUCUUCUAGGGGAGCUCUGCUAGACGAUUGUCAUUCUGAAACAUACUCCGAGUCAACAGACAACAUGGAUGGUGAGGAGAGCAAUCCAACCUCACCGUCCAGUCGCUAUUCUUCAAACUCAAACAAACGUUUUAGGACUCAAAUGACAACCAUACAACUAAAAGUUAUGAAAUCUAUUUUUGUAGACUAUAAAACUCCCUCUAUGUGCGAGUGUGAAUCUCUAGGUAAAGAGAUAGGACUUCCCAAAAGAGUUGUUCAAGUCUGGUUCCAAAAUGCACGAGCAAAAGAAAAGAAAGCUAAACUAGCUUUUGUAAAGACUUUCGGACAUGAAAUGGAACCGCCAAAAGUGAGCGAAGAGUGCAAUUUGUGCAACGUCAAAUACAACUUAAAAUUUUCACCAUCCACUCUUCAGGAGCAUAUAUUCUCUAGGAAACAUAUUGAGAAUCUUAAGAUCCACAUCGAUAGUUUGAAGAAAAUGACCGAUGGGCAGGAUUCGGACACUGCCCCAAGCUUCGAUUCUCCCGCAACACCUAAUCACGUUAUGAACUGCACCGCUUCUAGCUCACUCACACCUGUAAACUCAACGCCAAAAUUGAAUGCUGGUCUUUCUGGCGGGUUACCGAACUUCGGAAAUGUUACACCAACGAGUACGGAGUCCAAAAUUAAGAGUGAAUCUAUCGACGGUCAACGGAAAGAGCCUCUGACCAACGGUGAAAUAAACUUUUCCAGUAAAGGCAAAAAUGAGGACAAAGAAGACGGUUUUGUUCCAACAACAGCUUCCGCUCAAGAAAACCACAAUUUGGCAGACUUUGUACCGCCAACGACGUCGGCAGAAUCGCCUUCAACGCCGUCCUCAGCGCCUGGACUAUUUCCCUAUAUGUAUUCUCCAUUUCCUGGCUACUACAAUGGCAUGCCUGGCGCCUUUCUUCAUCACGCCAUGUAUCCAGGUAGGACUAAACUCUAAUACUUUAAGACUCACAUAAAUGUCAAGAUGUGAACUUACUCAAAUGCAUCUCUUUGAUCCCUAAAAUAAGGGUGAUAAAAAAAAAAGUUCCUAAUAUUUGGUGAACAACCAGUAUAUGUGUAAAACAUUGUGUUCAUUAUUAUUUUUAAACCAUCGUUUAUAUCAUCUUUGGAACUGUAAUUAUUAAACCAUCUGUUAGUUUUUUUAAUAAAUUUUAACCUCUUGGCCGGAUGCAAAAUUUAACUGAAUUUGUUUUUUAUCAUGAGGUUUACUAAGUGGGGUUUUCACAAAAUCUCACAAAUAUGCUUUAUAUUUUUAAAAAAUCUUAAAUUGUGUUCAUAUUUUAAAUUUUUUUUUUUUUUCAUAAUUUGACAAUUUCGCUGAAGUGGAAUUAAUUGAAAAAGUUUAAAAUUUUUGCUUGUUCAAUUAUGUAUGUUUUGUAUGAUAGUUUUUUUUUUUCGUUCAAGAAGUCUUUCUACUUGAUCUCGUAUCCAAAGAUAUAUUUCUACUUUUGACUUGUAAAAAAUAAUUGUAUAAGCUAUGCAUGUACAUUUUACUGCCUUAGUAGCAAUCAAAACAGUUUCUUAAAUUAACUAUAUUUCUUAUAAUUAUAAUAAGCGUCAAUAUUUUUCUUUUUUAUUUUGAUGAAAGAGACAUGUGUAUUUUAUGCAACUUUGAGCAUUCUAAAUACCGUACGAUUUAAAAAAAGAAGAAGCAAAUCAUUUAAAAUUUUAUUAUGACUUUUUACAUGUGCAACAAAAAAAAUUUAAUUUACUGUGAUCUUUCACAAAAACUAUUUGCAAUUUUAAAGUUUUCGCUCAGGGGUGUUUAGGUUAGCUGUCAAAAAGCAUUUUGUGAUAGUUUAUAAAUAAAAAACAAAAUUUUUUGCUUUGACUGCUUAACUAAUUUAGUUAAAUUUCUUGAAAUGUGUUGUUGUUUUGAAGUAGUCUAAUUAUUGCUUAUUAUCUGAAUAGUUAAUUGUAAGCAUAUUUUUAAAUAAAUUUUUAAAUAUUUAGUUGUAAAACAUAAUUUUAAGUAUUUUAAUUACACCGUCAAUAGUUAAAUACACUAUAGCCGUUCUAUUUCAGCCGAAUUUUAAUAAAAGAUUGUGUGCAUACUAAUUAUUAUUAUAAGUACAUAGCUAAUACUUUACUGGAUAUACUAGUAGAGUACUGGAUUUAGCCAAUUUCUCCUGGUCUCUCUGAUUUAAAAAAAAUUCUCCAGGUUUUUGUACAUUUUAGAAAAUUGCCUAAAAUUGAAUAAGUUUCUUAACCCUAAUAAUCUACACACUAAAAAUUCCUAUAGAAAUAGAAUUUAUUGUUAGCUUGAAAAUUGGGAUAAGUAUUACUAAUACAUAAUGAAGCCUCCUUAUAGUGAUCAGUUUGAAGCUUUUUAAAGAAAAUUAACUAUCAAAAAUAAAUUACUUGUCUAUUACUAUUCAAAAUUAUGAAUUAAUAUGAAAGAAAAGCAUUUCGAAUUCAUGUUCAUUUGAUGUCAAUCAUAACGGAAAAUAUUGCACAUUAUUCAUAGUUAUAAGCGUGAUUUUUUUUAAUAUUUUGAUGACAAUAAAAAUCCCUGAAAUGCCCUAUAUGUAUAAUAUUUAGUAUAUUAUGCAACAGUUAUCAAAAUUAUAUUAUUUCGUAAGACCUAUUGGAUUUUUUCCUAUCCAAAUCGGCAGCUACAAAAAAAAAAAUAUUUAACAACAUAACUUAAUUCGAUUUAUUAUUUUAAUUAUAUCUUAUUCUAAUAUUUCUAACCAAAUUACUGCACGAGACCUUAGCCUUGUAAAUAUCAGCACUAGUCAUAAUUAAGUUAAAUAUGAUUUUAAAAAAACAUACAGGCUGAAAUAGAUCAAACAUUUUCUUUACAAAAACAAUUCAUUUUUAUUAACUAAUUACCUCAAAUUGUUAAAUUUUUGUAUUGCUUAUUGUGUGAAUGUAUAGUGCAUGUUACUUUAAAUCAUAGCAUGGCAGAUAUACAACUUAUUGCAUGUGCCUUAAUAUCAUGUAGAUUUUUAUUAUUUUUUUUAGUGUUUGUGUUAUAUUUUUGUGUAUAAAUCCCCUAUGAUUUUCAGUUUUGUUGUUGUUCAUCAUGCAAGGUGUUAGAAACAAUAAGCAGUUAGUAUUUAUUUAUAAGUUUAAUUACGUAAAAGCAUUAUAGCUUUUGCGUGCGUGGUAGAUUAUUUAUUUCGCCUUUUUAUUUAUUAAUGGUGAAAAUUGUUAAAAUUUGUGAAAGAGACUGCCUUCUUUUUUCUAAACACCUCGUUAUUGUGCAUUUUAUUUGUUUGUAUAAAGAACUCCUUUUAUGUAUAGUUUUUUUCGUUUAAUGGCGGCAAUUGACAACUAUUUUGUGUGCCAUUUUUGUGUAAAUAUUUAUGGAAUGCUUAGUUGUAGUUCAUCAUUCAUUGCUCUGACUAAGAUUUGUAAAAUAAAAAUAUUGUUUCAUUGA